UGUAGGCUGUUGCCUGUUGCUUAUUCUGUUGACCAGCUUUAAAUAAUGUGAAUGUGAUAACUGUUGAUAUCAUGGAUUUGAAUAAAUUCAAUAUUUUCGUGGGUAGCGUAAGAGGAUUCAUUAUCUCUCCUUCAGAUAAACCGGAUUCUUUGAGAAGCGCAAAACCUGACAAAGCAGCAGAAGUGUCAGCCCUAGCUUUUGGUAGAGAUAGUGAUGAAAUAUUUGUAGGUUUCAACAAUGGUCUUGUUAAUUUGUUCAGUAGUUCAAACAACAAAUACAUAAAUAGCAUACCAGACUUGGAAGGUGAAGGUAGUAUAAUAGGACUAGACUGUAUUGACAAGUCUGCUUUGAUUGCAAAAAGUGAUGGCACAGUAAGUUUAUGGGAUGGCAAGAAAUGCAGCAAUUUCAAAAUUAGUGUGGAUGAUAGGGGAAAGAUAGAUGCCCUAACCCUCAAUAAAUCAAGAGAAAAUGUUCUAGGAGCAGGUGGAGAGUUCAAUGAUUUCAAAUUGUGGGAUAUUGAGACACAGCAAUGUAUUUUUAAGGCUAAAUCUUUAGGACAUGACAAACUAAAUCUUCCUAUUCCAACAUCCAUUAGAGGAAUAACAUUCUUUCCUGCUGAGCCCAGUCUGAGCUGCUGUUGCACUAAGGAGGGUCAUGUGCUGUUGUAUGAUGACAGAGCCCAAAGGAGGCCUACUAUCAAAUAUUUGGAGACCAAAGCAAGCUAUACUUGCAUUGCUCACUCAUACAGGGAUAGGCAGUGUCUGGUAGGCACGACUAGAGGCUACAUGCAGCUUUUGGACAUGCGAAUUGGAAAAUGUUCCAAGACGUUCACGACGUUCACGGGCAGCGUUUCGAGCAUCGUUUGCGAUCCGGCGGAGCCCUACGUGGCCACCGCCAGCUUAGAUCGCUUCCUGAGGAUACACAAUUUAGACACCAAGGAGUUGUUGCACAAGGUUUAUAUGAAACAAAGUUUGACUCGUCUGUUGAUGAUACCCGUUGUGAAGGAAGAACCCAAAGAAGAGGUACAGGACGACGAGAAGGUCGACGAAGAAUACGAAAAUAUUUUCGAGAAUAUGGAGGUCGUCACGGACGGUGAGAGGAAGAAGAAAAAAAAGAAAAAAGUAGUGGAAGAAUUUGUGACUGAGACGAAACAAGGGCGUAAGAAAAAAAAACAUGCUGAUACUGUAGUAGGAGACAAAAUUAAAAAGAAGCGACUUGUUGCAUAGACGUGUUUUUUAUUCCAAAAUCUAUUUGCAAUAUACUGAUUGAUGAAAAUAAUAAUGACCCUAUUAUUA